AUGAAAAGCGACUCCAUCGACGAACUCGAUCGCAUCUUCAACGCCGUGACCAGUGUCGUUAGUGGGCAGGAGGGCAUCGGUCGGCCCAUUGAUUUCCACGGACGAGCUCUUACACUCAAAGUCGCGAAAGCAACAACCGCGAAGGUCUCCGGAGACACACCGCGAACCACGAAGUCACAUCACAUCAAACAAGCCACCGCUUCGUCGCAAUGCGUCUUGUGCAAGGGCAAGCACAACGUAAUGAUGUGCGAUGAGUUCAUGGCAAAGCCCGCGACCGAACGAAAAGCCGUCGCAGAAACACACCGACUCUGCUACAACUGCUUCGGGUCACACCAGUCCGCGAAAACCUGCUUGACAUGUAAGGCUCGACAUCACACGAUGCUCCACGAGGCUUACGCCACGUCGAAAGUCCCCGAAGCCAAUGCUCUCUCCGCCGUCCGCAAGAACGACAGCACCAAGGCGAUUCUUCUCGCAACCGCGAGAGUGAACGUUGCCGACCGUCAUGGAACCCCGCACACAGUCAGAGCCCUGAUCGACCAGGGGUCAGAGGUCUCGCUGAUUGCCGAAUCGCUCGUGCAACGCCUGCACUUGCCGCGAUCCCGAUCCUCUGUCUCGAUCAUUGGCAUCGGGGGCAUCCGCACUGGGUCUACCCGCGGCACGGUCACACUUAAUCUCUCGUCCACCGUGAACGAGACCGAGUUGACCGUCAUCGCCUUCAUCCUGCCACGUCUCUCGCUCUAUCAAAGCGCCGUCGCCCACGGGAAGACUAAGUGGCCUCACGUGGAGGGUCUCCAGUUGGCCGACCCGAGAUUCCAAGCCGACGAUCCAAUAGAGUUGCUUCUCGGAGCGGAAGUGUGCUCCAUUAUCCUCGAGGAGGGCCUCCGUAAAGGAGGUCCUCAAACGCCUGUCGCGCAACGCACGCUGCUGGGCUGGAUCCUGUCCAGCGGGUGCGGUGACACCUCAUCGCCAACGCCGCGCACUUUUCCUCAGUGCACGGUAGAGCACGAGAUGGUUUCGCUCGUGCAACGUUUCUGGGAGCAGGAACAAAGAGCUUCUCCCCCCGUUGCUCUCACGCCAGACGAGCAGCUGUGCGAGGAUAACUUCGCUCGCACAUACACUCGCUCCGCGACUGGUCGGUACGUGGUGAAGUUGCCCUUCACCUCCCCGCCGACGACACUCGGAGAAACACGAAAACCUGCAAAAAAACUGCUGCACGCCAUGGAGCCGAAGUACGGCCUCGACUCCCGGUUCGGGGAGCUUUACCGCGCCUUCCUCAAGGAAUACGAAGACAUGAGCCAUAUGACGCCAAUGGGCGAAACGUCCAACUCACCCAGCCGAGAACUCUACUAUCUCCCGCAUCACGGACUGGAUACAAACAAAAUAAACUUGAGUACUAGAUUCUCUAGAAUAGAGAAUAUAUCCGUAGAAGACGAUAUCCGUAUUAAAAAUAAAAAUGUUAUCUUUCUUGCUUCAUGUUGGAAAGAAAAAGAUAAACUCUGA